GGUUGAAGAGGCAGGUCCCAGAGGAAAGGGAACCGGUGGCGGACGGGUCCCUGCCUGCUGCCGCGCCGCGGGAGAGGAAAGGGGAUUUGAGGGGCGGUCCCAAGGGAAGGAGGGCGGGAGAAAGCCUGCGCUCCGGGACGAGCCUCCCGUGGGUCCCGCCCCCGUCACGUGGGCUCCAGACCGGGCCGCUGCCGCUCGGUCCGCUGGUUGGUCGGUCAGUUGGUCGGUGGGUCAUUGGCCUGCAGCUCGGUUCUCGCCUCUCAUGUUCGGAGGUGGGAGGGACACGGGAGCGGCCCGCACACCUGAUCCGCCCGGACAGGAGCCCUGCACCCAGGAGAAGGAGGAGACCGAGGGGCAAGGAGUCAUGGCUUCUGAUGCCAGCCAUGCGCUGGAAGCCGCUCUGGAGCAAAUGGACGGGAUCAUCGCAGGCACUCAGACAGGUGCAGCAGAUACCAAUGACCGUGGCUGUGAGCCUGCGCGAGCCUCGCCGGUCUCCCACACAAACCCCUUACCAGUGCUCCAUCUCGUUGAGGACUUGAAACUGGCCCUGGAGAUGCUGGAGCAACCCCAAGAGAGAGCAGCCCUCCUGAGCCAGAUCCCGGGUCCCACAGCUGCCUACAUAAAAGAGAGCUUGUCCCAGGUAAAUCACCAAGGUGCUGCUAAUAAUGAAACGUACCAGGAACGCUUGGCACGUCUAGAAGGAGAUAAGGAGUCCCUCAUUUUACAGGUGAGUGUCCUCACAGACCAAGUAGAGGCCCAAGGAGAGAAGAUCCGUGACCUGGAAGUGUGUCUGGAAGGACACCAGGUGAAACUCAAUGCUGCUGAAGAGAUGCUUCAGCAGGAGCUGCUAAGCCGCACAUCUCUUGAGACCCAGAAGCUCGAUCUGAUGACUGAAGUUUCUGAGCUGAAGCUCAAGCUGGUUGGCAUGGAGAAGGAGCAGAGAGAGCAGGAGGAGAAGCAGAGAAAAGCAGAGUCAGUUCUGAAUGUGAUCAGUGAGCUGCAGGAGCAGAUGUGUAGUCUGCAGCUGGACAUCCACAGGCAGAUCCAGGAGCGCCUCUCACUCAGGAGGGGUGUCCCUGACGAGGUGGCGCCCGAGGAUGGCACUGCCGAGCCCCCGGCCUGCAGCCAGGACUGCGCCUAUUGGGAGGGGUCACCUGAGUUACUGCAAGAGCUCAGGCACCUCAAAAUCAAGGUGGAAGAAUUGGAGAAUGAACGGAAUCAGUAUGAGUGGAAGCUGAAGGCCACUAAGGCUGAGGUGGCCCAGCUGCAAGAGCAGGUGGCCCUGAAGGCUGCCGAAAUCGAGCGUCUGCACAGCCAGCUCUCCCGGACUGCGGCCCUCCACAGUGACCAUGCAGAGAAAGACCAAGAAAUUCAACGUCUGAAAAUGGGGAUGGAAACUUUGCUUGUUGCCAAUGAAGAUAAGGACCGUCGGAUAGAGGAGCUCACGGGGCUGCUAAACCAGUACCGAAGGGCGAAGGAGAUGAUGAUGGUAACACAAGGGCCUUCGGAAAGAACUCUUUUAAUCAAUGAAGAAGAACUCGAGGGAAGUUUCAGAAAGUGGAACAGUGCGAAUAAAGGCCCUGAAGAAUUCUUUAAACCAGAGAUGCCUCCAAGAUGUAGCUCUCCCACCGUGGGGCCGCCUCCACUACCACAGAAAUCACUGGAAACCAGAGCUCAGAAAAAACUCUCAUGUAGCCUAGAAGACCUAAGAAGUGAACCUGUGGACAAGUGUGUCAACGGGAACCAGCUCUCCCCUGGGGUGGAAGCCAAGGACAACCCUUUCCUGGUGGAGCACAAAUACCCCACGUUACCUGGGAAGCUUUCCGGAGCAACACCCAAUGGAGAGGCUGCCAAGUCGACUGCCACUGCCUCGAAGCCCGACCCCGCAGGGAGCAGCCCGCUGCGGCUGAGAGACACAGAAAGUGGCUGGGACGACACCGCCAUGGCCAACGAUCUCUCAUCCACAUCCUCGGGCACUGACUCAAGCCCCCAGUCUCCCCUGACCCCAGAUGGUAAACGGAGCCCCAAAGGCAUCAGGAAGUUCUGGGGAAAGAUCCGAAGAACUCAGUCCGGGAACUUCAACACCGACGCCCCAGGGAUGGCGGAGUUUCGACGAGGUGGGCUCCGGGCAACUGCAGGGCCAAGGCUCUCUAGGACCAGAGACCCCAAGGGUCAGAAAUGUGAUGCCGGCGCCCCCUUUGCCCAAUGGAGCACGGAGCGCGUGUGCGCCUGGCUGGAGGACUUCGGCCUGGGCCAGUACGUGAUCUUCGCUCGGCAGUGGGUGACUUCUGGCCACACAUUACUGUCAGCUACCCCUCAGGACAUGGAAAAGGAGUUGGGGAUUAAGCAGCCUCUGCACAGGAAGAAGCUGAUUUUGGCCGUGAAAGCCAUCAACACCAAGCAGGAGGAGAAGUCGGCCCUGCUGGACCACAUCUGGGUGACACGUUGGCUUGACGAUAUUGGCUUACCACAAUACAAAGACCAGUUCCAUGAGUCCAGAGUCGAUGGGCGAAUGCUACAGUACCUAACUGUGAAUGAUCUCCUCUUCCUAAAAGUCACCAGCCAACUGCAUCAUCUCAGCAUCAAAUGUGCCAUUCAUGUGCUUCACGUCAACAAGUUCAAUCCCCACUGCCUGCACCGGCGGCCAGCUGACGAGAGUAACCUUUCUCCUUCAGAAGUUGUGCAGUGGUCCAACCACAGGGUGAUGGAGUGGUUGCGAUCCGUGGACCUGGCAGAGUACGCACCCAACCUUCGUGGGAGUGGUGUCCAUGGAGGCCUCAUCAUCCUGGAGCCACGCUUCACUGGGGACACCCUGGCUAUGCUUCUCAAUAUUCCACCACAAAAGACGCUCCUCAGACGCCACCUGACCACCAAAUUCAAUGCCCUGAUUGGUCCCGAGGCUGAGCAGGAAAAACGAGAGAAAAUGGCCUCACCAGCAUACACACCACUGACCACCACAGCCAAAGUGCGGCCAAGGAAACUAGGAUUUUCGCAUUUUGGCAACAUAAGAAAAAAGAAAUUCGAUGAGUCGACGGACUACAUUUGCCCCAUGGAGCCCACUGACGGUGCUGGUGACAGUCAGAGGGCCUACAGUGGCUACCAGGGCCUCAGCCCCCUCGAUGGCCCUGAACUGGAUGGGCUGGACCAGAUGGCCCCUUCGGAAGGCGCUGUGACGCAGAUAGGGCUCCUCUCCCAAGACAUUCACCGCCUCACGACUUUGCUGAGCCAGGACCAGCUACUGAACGACUCUCGCCUGGCCGCUCCCAGCUCCGAGGACUGGAGAUGACGUUCUUCGUGGCCAAGAGCCCAGAGAGGCAUGCGUGGGGGUCUCAAGUCUUUGCGCCAAGGGGGAGCUGGCACGGCCACCUGCAAAGCCCAGCCAGGCUAGCAGGACACCUGGGACGUGCGUACCGACAGGAGUGAGCAGAGCGGUGAACGGAUGUCCGGGAGGUGGUCCUGGGGGCCCUGUGUCUUCAGCCGUGCUGUGCUCUUCACUGUAGCUUUUAUACCUUUUGUACUUUUAUAUGUGGACUGCACCCCACUUCUGUGGGGAGGGCGGUGAGAUGUCAGCACAAACUCAAUGGCUCAUGCUCUUCCUGGUGACUUUUGGGAGGUUCUUAACACCAAAGGGGAAAGGCAAGGAGUUCAUAAAAGCUCUGCUGGAAGAAAAUUCUGGAAAAAAUAUUCUGACUGUCCUGUAGUGGCUGAGCUGGCUGAAUUGACAGGGAGUCCCCCCUGGCUGCUUCCACAUGGUGGGGGGUGGGGGUGGGGGGUACUUCCUUUACAGGGCCAGGUGAGCACCGGGAAGGAACAGUGGGACUCCUCCCAUGGCAGCCCUGACUGCCCUCGUCAAACCCUCCUCUGCAACAGGUUGUCAGUGCUGCUGGGCUGCCUCAGGUCUGAGCAGAGGUGUCUGCAUCACGCACACACACAGGGGCACCCUCACCUUAGCUGACCAGCAAGCGCAGGCCCCCCAAGUACUGGUGUCUGAUCAAACAGCUCCCCCUAGUGGAUGGUCCUGGCACACCCCAAACGUUGCCACUGGCUCUGGCCAUCUCCCCACACAGCCUGUUCCCUCUACCCCUGGGGGAGAGGCCCCAUGUGCCCCCAGCCAUACUCUGCCUCUCUGUGGCAGCUCAGGCCUCCUCUCUGCUUUCCAAAGCUGGUCUCUUGGUCCACCUCCUCCCCAGUUGGUCCUCUCCAGAAGUUCUCUCCCCUGUCCCAGAGUAGCCUUCCUAAAGCACUGUGUUCAUCCCGUUACCUUUCUGCUAAGAACUCCUGAGUUCCAGAAUCAAGAGGAGUUCAAAAGCCUUAGCCAGCCCCCACAUCCCUUCUGUAUCUUCAGCCUCACAAACUCACUCUGUAGCCUGCGCCAUUGUCUUUCCCUCGCUGUGAGAUGUCGUUUUCCUCUGGUCCCCUUCACAAGGCUGAGCUCAGAGCCAGCAAGCCACUGCUUCCUUCAGGAAGCCUUCACUGAUGCACUGGCAUUUCCUGCAUCCCACUGUGCUGUCAGUCCUUGAGCCAGAGCCCUCCUGGCUCCCCCUGUUGUGUGUCUUUCUCCCUUCGCAUAGCCACGCUCAGCACAAACGCUUGGAGCACUCUCCCGUACAGACUGGAGCAAGAGCCAGCCCCGGACCCCACACCGCUUGGGGACUCCCUGCGUGCCGUGAUGCCGUGCUCCAUCCACUCGCCCCUUUGUACGUGUGGGUUAAGCAUGUUCCAUGCCAGGCUGAGAAGGGCUGGGGAUCUAGGUAUGAAUGUCAAGGUGCUUGUCUGAGGGUGCUGAUGGUCUAGUGGGGGUGGGGGGGACACCUCUUUCAAACGCGGGUGUGCUGAAAGGUACAGCUGCUCCGAUAGAAACUAGUUGUCCUUUUAAAUAGAGGGCUGGAGUAGCGGAUGGGAAAGGCGGUGCUACUUGGAUUUCUGAGAUGAAUCCGGUUCCCUGAGUGUGCCAGAGGGGAAAGGGCUGGUAAGAUUUGUGUUAGAGAGAAGUACAGAGUGAGCUCGUACUACUCAUACUGCGCCCAUCGGAGUAUCUUCUCCAAGUGGGAAUCUGCUGAGGGUGUACUGAACACACACAUGGGUGAAGGCUCCUAGCUUCUUCCCCCUCAGCCCCCCACCCACUACACCCCUACCUGCCUCCUGUGAGACCAUCCCUAGGCAGGGCACAGCUGCACUUCAGUGAGUUCUCUAGAGCUGUCUUACCCUCUCCUGUACCCCUCACACACAGACACACCCCCAGUGUCACUCGUUGCAGCAACAAUGCUACGAUGCCAGUUUUUUGCAGAAAGGGAAGAACUUGGAAUUAAGCACCCAGGUCUCAGGCCCAGCUUCCCUGCCUCCUGUUGAAAGGACCUGAGGAUAAUAACUUUGUCUAAGAGCCUCACUCUCCUCAUCCCUAACUCAAGAGAACAAAAUCCCCGCAGAAUCUCUGGCUUGUUACAAGAAUGAUGUGAGCUGAAGUGCAGGACGGGUUCUACCCAGCCCCAGGUAUCAGAGCAGCACGUCAGCCAGGCCGUGGACAGCCAAGGCUGGGUGUUCGCUUGCAUCACUUGUGGGGAGCAGUGGGAAGGAGUUCAGGAGUACCUCCUGGAAGCUCAGCCCAUCUGCACAUUCAGAAGCUACUGUGCUAAACACCCACACCCCGCCACACCAGAAUGUGGCCUGGCAUUUACACAACGCAGAGAAAACCAGGGCCCUUGCCUCCAUCUGCUGUGCAAAGCACAGGGAGCCUAGCAUGGCUGGAGCCCGCCUACCCCAGUGGAUCUGCAGCUGCCCUCGUGCUUUUUAACACCGUUUCCACUUCAAGUGUCUUCCUACAGGAAGGAAGAGUGGCCUUCUAGUCCAUCUGACCUUUAAAAACAGAACACUCUGGAGAGGGAAGUUCAAGAGAUUACUGGGAGUUUAUAUGACCGCACUUGGAUUCUUCUGGAAUUCUGCCCCUGCAGUUCUGCCAGUUCUGACCUCCCUUGGACAUCCAGAAGACCGUUCACAUGGAGGGCUGGUCUAGCAGGCCCCCACAGAGCCCCAUUUCCUGAGCUAUCUGCUUCAUCCUGAAGUUUCUUUUAUUAAACUAUGGGGCAGGGAUGCAACAGAAUUCCCUUGAGCCUCCCAAAUCAGGAGGCCUCAGAAACCAUCUGCCUCCAGCCCCUUGAACCCAUCUUAGGCCCAUAGCAGAACGAGGAGCCAUGUGCCCAAGGAUGCAUAACAAGACACUUGUAAACACAUCCCAGUUUAAUGUGGUGAGGCAGAACUCA